UUAAAUCGCUCUGUUUCAACCCGAUUACGAUUGGUCGGUUUUUGUGUGAUUUUAGCCAAUCACAGUCACCCAGGUCACAGCAAACCAACAGGAAGAAAAGAUGGCGGUGAGGAACGGAAAGAAUGGUCUGCUGGAAAAAUGGAGGAUUGACGAAAAGCCUGUGAAGAUCGACAAAUGGGACGGUGCAGCGGUGAAGAACUCUCUAGAUGAUGCAGCUAAAAAUGUUCUGAUCGAAAAAUAUGGCUACAUUGAGAACUUCAACUUAGUCGAUGGACGUCUGGUCAUUUGCACGGUCUCCUGCCUUUUCGCCAUCAUAGCUUUAAUUUGGGACUACCUGCACCCGUUCCCAGAGUCCAAGCCUGUACUGGCCUGCUGCAUCCACACAUACUUCAUCAUGAUGGGGAUUUUGACCCUCUACACCUCUUACAAAGAGAAGAACAUCUUCCUCGUGGCCAUGCAGAAGGACCCAGCUGGCAUGGACCCGCAUCACAUCUGGCAGCUGUCCUCUAGUCUAAAAAGGUUUGAUGACCAGUAUACUUUAAGAAUGUGUUUCACUGAUGGGAAAACCAAGCAGUCCAGGGAGACGGAGUUUACGAAGUCAGUCGGGGCCUUCUUCGAUCAGAACGGGACGCUGGUGAUGGACCAAUAUGAGAAAUCGGUCUCAAAGCUUCAUGAUACAUUGGCCACAGACAAGAAGACAAAGUAACGUUUAGUAGAAAUGGGCAGCACUGGCCUUCAGUGACUCCGCACAUGCAGUAACGGUGGCUUUAGUGAGUGUUAUCAGAGGUUAGCUUGCAGCUAUAACGUUACAUAAGGUCAGCACAGUGUUCUAUUGCUUCUGUUAAAGAAAUGGUCCAGUUUUCCUUUUUUUUCUUUUUUUUUAAUUCAAGUUCAGUUUAUUCUGGUGUUUCAUUUCAAUGCCCUUAAUAAAAAUUAAGACACUGUUACAA